CGUGCAGGUAUUGCAUUUAUUAGCUCUCAAAGACGUUUCUCAGUUUUCUUUGUCUGGCAAAGAUCAAUAUAUGAGAUUUACUUAUGUAGUAUGUGACAAGAACUGAUAAUCCGUUGUUUUGAGGUAGUGUUCAAAUAUUACGUAGUCAAAAUAUCAUUUCAGAACGAGCAAGAUUCACGUAUAUGCUAGCGAAAGAGAUGAAAUUGUAUUAACUGAAGUCUUUUUAGGUGAUACAUUAGCACAAGUUUGGUCUCAAUUAAAGAUUGAUAGUCAUCCAGUUGUUUCAAAAUAUAUUGAACCACCAUUGGAUGAUCCAGAGGAUUUAAAUGAACCAGAAGAUUUAUUAUGGUCUUCUGAACAUAUUCGUCAAAGUCAAUAUUUAUUGCAAAUAGUUAGAUGUAGUAAUAAUAAAUGCUGCAAACCAUGGCGAUCAUAUUAUUUCCAACUUAUUCAAAGUCGUUUUAUUCCAUCACCUAUUGCCUACAAUAUGUCAAAAUUAGGUCCAGUUCCAGCUUCAUUUGAUGAAAAGCAUUUCAAAUUUUUUAAUUUAUUUGAACGUAUACAAUUACAAAAAUUUAUUCAUGAAAAAUUAACAAUGGAUUCUAUACCAUUCGAUCGUUAUUGUGUAUCAAUAAAACAAGAUAUUCAACGUCGAGUUUGUGGCACAUGUGAUUUAUAUUUCUCUUCAAUUGCUGCUAUGAAGAAACAUAGAACUUUACACUCAAUUAAAUUCCAAAAAAAUCAAAUGGUCAUUGAUGAUGAUUAUAAUAAUAAUAGUGAUGAAGAGCAAGAUGAACAAGUAAAUAAUGAAACAACAGCGCCUAUUAUUUAUAAUAUAUUUGAUUUUUUACAAUCUGACUUCGAACAAGUUAAAGAAAAUGAAGAUUAG